AUGGCAUACCCCCUUCAACUAGGUUUCCAAGACGCAACCUCUCCCAUUAUAGAGGAACUCUUACACUUUCAUGAUCACACCCUAAUAAUUGUUUUCCUAAUUAGCUCUCUAGUCCUCUACAUUAUCACCCUAAUACUAACAACCAAACUAACACAUAUCAACACAAUAGACGCCCAAGAAGUAGAGACCAUUUGAACCGUUCUCCCCGCUAUCAUUCUAAUCCUAAUCGCCCUACCAUCCCUACGAAUCCUCUACAUAAUAGACGAAAUCAACAGCCCCUCUCUUACUGUAAAGACAAUAGGUCACCAAUGAUAUUGAAGCUACGAAUAUACCGACUACGAAGACCUGUCCUUUGACUCUUACAUAAUCCCAACAUCGGACUUAAAACCAGGAGACCUACGACUAUUAGAAGUCGACAACCGAAUAGUAUUGCCUAUAGAAAUAACAAUCCGAGUCUUAGUCUCCUCCGAGGAUGUCCUACACUCAUGAGCUGUCCCCUCCCUAGGCCUAAAAACAGACGCAAUCCCCGGGCGCCUAAACCAAACAACCUUAAUAUCAACACGACCAGGCUUAUUCUACGGACAAUGUUCAGAAAUCUGCGGCUCAAACCAUAGUUUCAUACCAAUUGUCCUCGAACUAGUACCCCUAGAAAACUUUGAAAAAUGAUCCAUCUCAAUACUGUAA